GAAUUUGCCUUCGAGCAGACGGUCACGCAAUCCAGUAAGGCGUUUUCCCCGUAUAAAUUCUAGACACUGUCGACCAGACUGUUUUCGUCCAUGAUACCCUUUGAUCGUUUCCCAAAGAAAACUUCAAGGACUACCAUUCUGAAACUGUGCACGUCGGCUUCCGGUGAGGCUUUCCAGGCGAAACCCACUUCCGGGGCCAAGUAUCCGAGAGUUCCAGCAAGCAUGGUGGUUACACGUUGUUUUGGAGCAGUCUCGCCAGCCCGAAAUCACCCAGAUGAGCAUUGAAGUGAGCAUCAAGCAUUACAUUGUUGGGCUUGACGUCUCUGUGAACUACAGGACUGCCACAUUCUCAUGGAAAUAGAGCAAUGCUGAUGCC